UGCUAUACUCUCGGCAGACUCUAUACUCUGCUAUUGUUGAUACUUAUGAUGUUAUAUACUUCGAUUCCAAUCUUCUAACUUGCUAUCUGACUGGAGAUGACAUAGUUUUACGGCUGUUGAUAAUCAAAAUGGGUAUUAAUUUGAUAAUUAGCAGAGCUUACAGCACAAAAAUGCGAGAUGUAGUAAUUGUAAGUGCUGUAAGGACACCCAUGGGUUCUUUUUUGGGUUCUUUAUCAUCGGUACCAGCUCCAAAACUUGGUUCAAUUGCUAUUCAGGCUGCUGUUGAGCGUGCACGUGUUACUAAAGACCAAGUCCAAGAAGUUUACAUGGGAAAUGUUUGUCAAGCAGCAUUGGGACAAGCACCAGCUAGACAAGCAACUUUAUUUGCCGGUCUACCAAAGUCGACAAUAUGCACGACGAUAAACAAAGUAUGUGCAAGUGGGAUGAAAAGUGUGAUGCUAGCGGCCCAAGCAUUGCAAUGUGGCCACCAAGAUAUUAUUCUGGCUGGUGGUAUGGAGUCAAUGUCCAAUGUGCCUUACUAUUUAAAGCGUGGUAAUACUCCCUACGGCGCGGUCACGUUGCAGGACGGUAUUGUACAUGAUGGAUUGACAGACGUUUAUAAUAAAGGGUUCCAUAUGGGCAACUGCGCGGAGAACACAGCCAAGAAAUUUGGAAUCACUCGGCAAGAGCAAGACGACUUCGCGAUCAGCAGUUACAAGCGCAGCGCAUCCGCUUGGCAAAAUAAAGAAUUCCAAGAUGAAAUUGUUCCUGUAAGCGUUCCGACUAAACGAGGGAUGCCUGAUUUAGUCGUGUCUGAAGAUGAAGAAUUUAAGCGCGUUAAUUUUGAUAAAUUUAGGGAACUUAAAGCUGUUUUUCAAAAAGAAAAUGGAACUGUUACUGCUGGAAAUGCAUCAACGCUAAAUGACGGAGCGGCUGCAUUGAUUUUAACCACCAGCGAAGUGGCUCAAAAAUUAAAUCUUAAACCUUUGGCACGGAUUGCUGGAUUCCAAGAUGCUGCUACUGAUCCCAUUGACUUCCCAAUCGCUCCUGCUUUUGCAAUUCCAAAACUUCUUGAAAAGACUGGAGUUAAAAAAGACGAUGUAGCACUAUGGGAGAUAAACGAAGCAUUCAGCGUCGUGGUGGUUGCCAAUCAAAAACAAUUAGGUCUUGAUCCAACGAAAGUAAACGUCCAUGGUGGUGCAGUGUCUCUUGGUCAUCCAAUUGGGAUGUCUGGUGCUAGAAUAAUUGUUCAUUUAGUUCACGCUCUUAAGCAAGGGCAAAAGGGAGUUGCGUCGAUUUGUAACGGUGGAGGCGGCGCAUCGUCUAUUUUAAUUGAAAAAUUGAGCCAUGAAAUUUCGCCAAGCCCAUCGCUACCAAGACUACAGUUAUUCACUAAAAACCCAUGCCCAUUGUGUGACGUCUUGAAAGCAGAACUAGAGGCCCAGUUUCACGGUUGCUAUGUGCUCGAGCAAGUUGACAUUAGUUCGCCCGGCAAUGAGGGCCUGUUUGAGCUCUAUAGGUAUCAAAUUCCGGUUCUCUUUUUUGAGGGGCAUUAUCUCUGCAAACAUAGAUUGGACGUCGAACUCUUGAGGAAACGUCUCCACUAUUUCUUCCAGCUCCAAAAUCCUCAAAAGUCAUAAAAUUCAACCAAUCUAACAUGACUGUAAAUUCAAAAUCAUCUUCAUCAUUGUCA